UUUUCCAUUUAUAAUUACUAAUUUUAUACCACUACAUGUAAGUGAUUAUAAAGGCUGGACAGCCCUGCACCACGCUGCCUUCGGAGGAUACACUCGCACAAUGCAGAUCAUUUUGGAUACUAAUGUGAAGUGCACUGACAGAGUGGAUGAAGAAGGGAACACAGCUUUGCACCUGGCUGCAAGAGAAGGACAUGCAAAAGCAGUAAGGUUACUUCUUGACUAUGGUGCGAAAAUUCUGUUCAACAAAGCAAUAGCUUCUUUUUUCCAUGAAGCAAUACACAAUAGGAGAAAAGAUGUAGUGUCUGCUGUCAUAUUGCACAAAAGAUGGGAAGAAGCUGUUGUGACAUUCUCUCACUAUUCUAGUGCCAAUAAGUGUCCUUUGCUGGAAAUGGUUGAGUAUCUUCCUGAUUCAUUUAAACUGGUUUUGGACAACUGCAUAAUUGAGUCUUCAGAGGAAAAGACAAGUCGAGACUUCUAUAUUGAAUAUAACUUCAGAUAUCUUCAGUGUCCCCUGACACUCAACAAGAAACUAAAGGAUGGUGAAGACAUUUUCUAUGAACCACUUACCACUUUAAAUGCCAUGGUACGCCACAAUCGCAUGGAGCUACUCAGUCAUCCUGUGUGUAAAGAAUAUUUGCUUAUGAAAUGGAUGGCCUAUGGGUUUCGAGCACAUCUGAUGAAUUUAGGCAUAUAUUCUCUUGGUCUCAUCCCACUGACUCUUCUGGUCACUCACAUACAGCCAGGAAGACCUUUGAAUGGAACAGAGAUCUAUGAAGCAAGACCAUUAGAAUAUGAGAACUCAUACUUCACAAGGGUGUGUAUGUGUUUAGUUUUAAUUAUGAGUUUACUGGGAAUCUGCAAAGAAAUAUUUCAGCUCAUUCAGCAGAAAUUGAAAUAUUUGUUGGAUUACUCCAAUCUACUGGACUGGACAAUUUAUACUACAAGCAUAAUUUUUGUGUCUUCUUUAUUUAUUAAUACACCAGCUCAUUUGCAGUGGGAAUGUGGAGCAAUUGCUGUAUACUUGUCUUGGAUGAACUUCUUGCUUUACCUUCAACGAUUUGAAAACUAUGGCAUCUAUGUUGUGAUGUUCUGGGAAAUUUUGAGGACUUUGAUUCGGAUUGCUGUCGUUUUCUUUUUCCUGAUAUUGGCCUUUGGACUGAGUUUCUUUGUCCUGUUGGGUUCACAGCAAACUUAUAGCACACCUCUGCUUUCUGUAAUGAAGACAUUUGCAAUGAUGCUGGGAGACAUUAAUUACCAUGAUGCAUUCCUUGAUCCACUACUAAGCAGUGAAUUGCCAUAUCCAUUCCUGAGUUACACAGUUCUCAUUAUAUUUACCUUGCUUAUUCCAAUCCUUCUUAUGAACUUGCUAAUUGGCUUGGCUGUUGGGGACAUAGCUGAAGUACAAAAAUAUGCUGCACUCAAAAGGAUCGCAAUGCAGGUUAAUCUUCACACCAACUUAGAGAAGAAGCUACCAUUUUGGUUCUUAAGUCGGGUGGACCAGGAAUCAAUCACUGUAUAUCCCAACAGGCCAAGAUAUUGUGGAUUUAUGAGCGUGUUCCAGUAUUGCUUUGGGUGUGAGGACUCUACCACAGAUGCACAGAGCACCGAUACAACAUUAGAACUGGAAGUUCUGAAGCAGAAAUACAGGCUCAAAGAUAUAUCAACACUGUUGGAAAAGCAACAUGACCUCAUUAAAUUGAUUAUCCAAAAAAUGGACAUAGUGUCAGAAGCUGAGGAUGAAGACAGCAAUGAUUUAUUUCAGCACAAGUUUAGGAAAAGGCAGUUAGAGCACAAGAAUAGUAAAUGGGAUACAGUGUUAAAAGCUGUUAAAACAAAUGUGCCUAACCCAAGCACACAAAAGAACAAUAGCUUCUUCUAGACAUGGCUAUGAUAUCAUGUUGUAUUAUCAUUUUGUUUUAAUUUAGGGUCACUUCUCUUAUUGUCUGUGCAUAAUGUUAAUGUGAUACAUCAUGUAUUCAAGUAUAAAAAAAGGCCAGAUCAAAAAAAAAGGAUGCAGGUGCUCAAAACAGUAUUGAAGGAGACUGAAGAUGUCUACAUCCACAACUGUGAUCC